CCAUAACCCAGGGCAUGGCCAUAACCGCUGAACUGAACGAAACCGGAACAGAAUACAUAGCACAGAUAACCCGGUGGUGACAGUCCAAGGAACUAAAUAGCUGCUCGUACUUCGGAACCACCUACCGCCAUGGCAAGUGAACUUCAGGACCUCUUCGGGAAGCUCCGAGACUCCUCUGAAGCGGCCGAAUACACCACAAUAAUUGAGCUUGCGGACCGAAUCUUGAAGCUUUCCAAAGGGGACGUCGAUGCCUUUCAUGCCAAGAUCGUAGCCCUCAUUCGCUUGGAGCAAUAUGCAAAAGCGUUGGAUGUGCUGAAAGUCGUUCCGGCAAACCUGAAGAAAGAAUUGAUCUUCGAGAAAGCAUACUGCGAAUACCGAGCGAAUCACCUCGACGAAAGCCUCGCUACCAUCCAGAAGAACUUGCCUGAGGCGACUCGAGUUUUGGGGCCGGGUGGCGCACGCAGUCUGCGGCACCUCGAAGCUCAAGUGCUCUAUCGAUUAGAGGAGUACGACGAGUGUCUCGAUUUAUACACUAUUCUAGAUAAGGAUGCCACGGAGGAAGAGCAGGUUGAGCUUCGGGCGAAUAUUGCCGCUGUGAGGGCCGCAGCCGCAAGUGCUGGAGUUGCAUUGGCCGAAGAGAUGGACCUCGAUGAGCCUCUGGACUCAUACGAGAUGAUGUACAACACGGCAUGCAAACACAUCGCAAACGGGCAUCUCGAUGAUGCUGUUCCGCUGUUGGACAGUGCCAAAGCGGCAUGCCGGAAGUCCCUUGUGGAAGAAGGAUACACAGAACAAGAGAUUGCCCACGAGCUCGGAAUCAUGGACCUUCAGCUGGCGUACAUCCGCCAGGUUCAAGGAAAGCACACCGAGGCGGCCCGACUGUACGAUGCAGUGUUGAAGGUUCCCGGGAAUGAUAUGGCCGUCACGGCUGUGGCCUCGAACAACCUCGCAGCAUUGAAGCAGAGCCAGGACGCCCACGAGGCGGCCACUCUACUGAAGAAAGGCGCAUCUUCUUCGGGACUUCAGCACAAGCUUAACAAGUCGCAACGCAACGUUAUUGCCCUCAACAAUGCUUUGUUGUCUCUUUUCAUGAAGAAAAAUAGGGAUGCGCGCCACAGAGCGAAGGCUGUGCUGGAAAAGUCACCGAACGACGAGAACGCGCAUCUGCUCCUUGCCGCGAUCACUUUUCAGGAGAGCAAAACACCUGCGAAGGCUUUGGAAGAACUCAAGGGAUAUGCCAAGACGUUGCCGGACGCGUUGGGGAUCCAUCUGGCGAUUGCACAGUUGUUGAUCGGACAGAACGAUGUCAGUGGUGCAUUGAGCGCCCUUUCGCCAGUUGUCGAACGGUCGUCCUCGGAACAUAAAUACCGACCUGCUGUCGUGUCCCUGCUUGUCUGGCUAUAUGGUCAGGCCAACGAGGCCGACAAGGCUGUACAGGUGCUUCAAGCAGCUUCAAAGUUCUGGCAAUCGGAGAGCAACACCAAACAUGACCCCGCGAGUCUCAAGCAACGAGCCAAUCUCAAACUUCGAGCUCAACAGCCGGUCGAAGCCGCCAAAGAUUUCGAAGCGAUCGUCAAAGAAGACCCGUCAGAUCUGGAAGCCGUCGCCGGACUCAUCACAGCUUACUCCGAAUUCGAACCAAGCCUGGCUGAGCAGUAUCAGACAUAUCUGCCGGCAAACGCCCGAAGCAAGCCGACUGACCAAGAUAUCGAAGCGUUGGAAGCUCUGACUCUCAGUAAGGCGAAGAAGCGUAGCCGGGAAGGGGACACGGACGGUCUUCGCAAGAUUGUCAAGAGGAAGCGGAAGCCGAUUUUGCCCAAGAACUUUGAUCCCAACGUCAAGCCAGACCCAGAGCGAUGGAUUCCCAAACGUGACCGGGCUGCAUUCGCGAGGAAAGGGAAAGGGAAGAAGGACAUUGGUAGAGGGUCUCAGGGCGCUGCUCUCGUCGGAGGAGGAAUCGGUGGAACCGGAAGUGCCAACAUAGGUGGUAGCGCUCGAAGCUCCGUAACGGCGAAAGAAACGCCACCACCAGCAAGCCCGGCGGUGCCUCCUCAACCAGCUCCCGCAGGACUCUCUGUCGGGCCUGCAAAGAAGAAGAAAAAAGGAAAGAAGUAGAAUAGAGCAGUUUCGUGAGAAAGGUGUAUGCUCUGAAUGCUAUUGAUUUACAAACCCCUGCAACUAUGGGAUGCAUAUUUGCCCUCUAUAGCGAGACUAGACUACGCCGAUAUCUACUCAUCGCCCAAAUAUCAUCU